AUGAAUGAAGCCGGCAACUCGAUAGACCAAGAUGAUGCCCUCCUACAGGCUCAAGGACACGCUGCUGAAUUGGAACGGUCAUUCUCUUGGGUGGGUGCCGUCGGACUUGCCUUCAGCAUCACCAAUUCCUGGAUUACCUAUGCAACCUCUUUCGGGAUCCCAUUAAGUUUAGGCGGCGGUAUAGCGGCUUUGGUUAGCCUGAUACUCGCUGCUGUUUUCCAAUGGAUUGUCCUAAUUGGGCUCGCUGAGUUCUGCUCGGCACUUCCAUCUUCAGGAGGCCAAUAUCACUACACCUACAUUGUCGCGCCGACGAAGACUCGUAACUUCGCCGCUUAUAUCGUGGGGCUGUUGAAUAUUGUCGCAUGGUGGGUGAAUGCUGCGUCAGGUACAAUCUACGUGGCGAUUUCUGCUUUCGGUAUUGCGGAACUAUGGUAUCCAAACAUGGAAGGGGCGCAUUGGCAAAUAUACUUGUGCUAUCUGUUGGUCAUCGUUCUAACCUUGAUCCCUAUUUUCACGGUUCCACAUAAGUAUAUUGACUACCUAACGAAAGGAGCGAUGUAUCUCUCUGUGAUUGGUUUGGCGUUGGUUUCAAUUGUCCUUCUCAUCAUGUCCAGAGGUAAUUACCAUCCAGAAAAUAUCGUGUCAAGUACGGCUUCAAGUGGUUGGUCUCCAGGUCCAGCCUGGUUGAUGGCCAUCGGUACCGGACAAUAUGCGUUUUUUGGUACAGGAGCUUGUACGCAUAUCGCUGAAGAGAUGCCACAACCAAGCCGUAAGCUACCGCGAGUCAUCAAUAUGACAAUGUUGAUAGGUGUUGUGACAUCAGUCAUCUGGAUCUUGGUAAUCUUAGCGGUAACUCAGGACAUGGGUGCCGUGCAAGCUGCUUCAUUGCCUAAUAUUGAAGUCAUGUAUCAGGCAACGAGAAGCAAGUCGGUUGCUACCUUCUUGCAGUCAUACAUGACACUGCUUUACUACACCUGUAUACCAUCGCAAUGGAUCACCUGCAGCCGAAUUACCUGGGCUUUCGCUCGAGAUAACGGCCUUCCAUUGUCAGACUACUGGAAGCACGUUUCCACGACGUUCAACAUUCCUGUCCGGACUACUCUGCUAUCGGCUGGGUUUUGUGCCAUCUACGGACUUGUUUAUAUCGCAAGCACAGAGGCAUUUAACUCAAUUAUCAACACGACAAUCUUGAUGCUUAAUAUUACCUUUGUUGUCCCCCAAGGAAUUGUACUGACGCGGGGCCGUCAUCACCUUCCCAAGCGUCCAUUCAAACUCGGCAAACUCGGAUAUGCUGUGAAUGCGUUCUCAGUUAUUUGGGUGACCAUAGGCGGUAUUUUCCUCUGCUUUCCGGCCACAAACCCGACCAGCCUUGAAUCAAUGAACUACAAUUCAAUUGUCAUUGUUGGCGUAAUGGUGAUUAUUUUGGCACUAUGGCUUGAAAGGCGGAACAAAUUUCGUGGUCCUGAGAUUGACUGGGUUUUCAUCAAUGCUAAUAACAGAGAGGAUUAA